AUUAAGCUGAUGCUAUCACCUUUAAGUGCCUUUCACUUGACCCUUUCCCUAACCUCACUAGUCACUUUAUUUAAUUUUCUGUACAAUAAUUUAGUUCCUUACGUUCUUUGCUGCUUAUUAUUUACAUCAAAACCAAAAUGUAUACAAGAACAGUGACAAAACUAUCCAAACUGAGUACAAACGAAAUAGAGCAAUUCCUCAAUUCGUUUGACACAGUUUUAACAGACUGCGAUGGGGUGCUGUGGCUCGACAACAACGUCAUCGACAAGGCCAACUUAGUUAUGAACAAGUUGAGAGAACAGGGCAAACGAAUUUUUUACAUCACGAAUAACUCGACAAAGUUACGUGAUGAAUUUCUCAAGAAAACUUCAAAAUUAGGCUUUGACUGUGUCAAAGACGAAGUAAUAUCCGCAUCAUAUUUAGUUGCAGACUACUUGAAGAAUAUCGGCUUCAAUAAGAAGGCCUACAUUGUCGGAUCUACUGGAAUUUCGCAGGAGUUGGAUUUGGUGGGAAUUAAGCAUACGGGAGUUGGGCCUGAUGUACAAACAUCCAUUCCAGAAUUGUUGCAAACGACUAAGCUCGAUCCCGACGUCGGUGCGGUCAUCGUGGGCUUUGACGAGCACAUAUCUUUCCCGAAGCUGUGCAAAGCAGGCAGUUACCUUAAGGAUCCCAACUGCCUAUUUAUAGCCACAAAUACUGACGAACAAUUUCCCAGCAACACAGAUUUUGUGGUACCCGGAACAGGUGUGGCUGUAAGAGCUGUACAGACAUGUGCGGGUCGUGAACCAUUUGUCCUUGGUAAACCGUAUACAUACAUCUGCAAUGCCUUGAUUAAGGAAUACGGCAUUAAUCCCAAACGUACACUCAUGAUCGGUGAUAGGUGUAAUACAGACAUAUUAUUGGGAACACGGUGCGGUUUCCAAACGAUGCUGGUGCUUACUGGUGUAACGACAUUGAAUGAGGUACUCCAGUGGAAGGAAUCAGAAAAUGUGGAGGAAAAUGAAUUGGUUCCCGAUGUUUAUCUGGACAAACUAGGCGAUCUACUACAAUAUUUAAACUGAUUUAGUUGUAAUUUAAUUAGUAAAUGUACGGAAUAAUUGC